ACGGAAUCGGAUCUAGAGAAGAGCUCCAAACUGUAUUUCCCUAUUGAAGGCAGGCACACAUAAACCAGACGCGCGCACACACAACCCUAACUGCUUGUCACAGCGUCUCCAUAGACUGCGCUGGGAAUCAGAUGACAAGUGGGCUCCUGUCCAACAGAUUAACUUUGCCCUAUCAGUGUCUGCUGCUGGCUCGUAACAUAGUCAGUGCAAGGGAGUGUUAAUCACUGGGGAGAAGUAGGUACUGUAGGUAGACAUGGUGUCCAAGUCCCUGUGCUUCGUACUUCUCUCUGUUCUCCUGGCGUAUUACAUUUAUAAACCUCUGCCAGACAACAUGGAGGAGAAAUGGAAAGUUAUGCUGAUAGAUGCCGCUUCAAGAAGUAUUGGACAUUUGGCUACCAUGGCAGAGAUGUUUGGGGUGAUGCCUUACAUGGAUGUGAUCAGGUUUUUUAUGCAUUCCGAACACACAGAGCCCACAUCUGAUAACCAUGUUAUUGUCACAAAUACAUCAUUUAACAACAUUCCAGUCUGGUUAUAUAUACCGAAAGAGCAGUCAAACACAUUGAGAAGAGCAAUUGUCUACAUUCAUGGUGGCGGAUGGUGCUUAGGAAGUGCAGCCAUGAAACCGUAUGACAAACUAUCAAAACAAUCUGCACACAACCUAAGUGCUGUAAUUGUGUCGAUCAAUUACCGUCUAGCUCCAAAGUUUCACUUCCCGAUCCAGUUUGAUGAUGUGUACAACGUAGUUACAUUUUUUCUGCAAGAAAAGGUCCUAGAAAAGUAUUCUGUAGAUCCCAGUCGUAUUGCAGUAUCUGGAGACAGUGCUGGAGCAAACUUAGCCGCUGCUGUAGCACAAAUGCUGCUUCACGACCCAGAAGUCAAUGUGAAAUUCAAGAUUCAAGCAUUAAUAUAUCCAGCUCUCCAAGCUCUUGACUUUAAUACUCCAUCUUACAAAGAAAAUCUCGACAUGCCUUUACUCUCCAGGACGUCGACGGUCAGUUUCUGGAGCCAAUACUUCACCACAGAUCGAUCCCUGUUUGAAGCAAUGAUGUCUAACAAACAUAUAGGAUCUGAAAAUGCUCAUUUAUUUAAGUAUGUUAACUGGAGUACAUUGUUGCCUGAAUCCCUAAAAAAGAAUCAUGUUUACAAUAUGCCUAAGAACCAGAAUACCUUGUUUGUUAAAAAGUACCCAGGACUUUUGGAUGUGAGAGCUUCUCCUUUGUUGGCAGCAGAUGAAAAGUUAUCUGGUCUGCCACUGACAUAUGUAAUUACCUGCAUGUAUGAUGUGCUUAGAGAUGAUGGCUUAAUGUAUGUGUCAAGACUUAGAAAAGUUGGGGUACAUGUAGUACAUGAAUGCUAUGACACGUUCCAUGGUAUAUUUUUAAUGAUUGUAUGGCCAUUUGAUUUAUCUUUAGCAAAUCGUGCGGUGGACAAAUAUCUAGACUGGCUCGAUACCAACCUGUGACAAGUCUAUAAGGAAAUUAAUACAAUGUCUUAAUCUUUUUUGGUGUUAAUUCCUGUUCCUACUAAAUUAUGAGACACCUAUUUUACAACAGCGUGUCUCUUCGUGUGCCUUCUAAACUUAAAGAACCACUUCCACAAUAAAUAGAAUUCUGUGACCUGUUAGGUGCAUGACGUAAACUGUAGUGAAGGUAAUUUUCUUACUAGUGACUGUAUUUGUGAGUUAUCUCCCCCCCCACCCCUUUGAUCCACAGCUGUGCAAUGUGUUCAGCACUCUGUAUUUCCAAAUAACACAGCAUCUUAUGUGGACAGGAAGUCAGUUUCUCUGUGUAUUCCUAUGGGAACCUUAAUGUCGGUCUCAUCGGAAUAAACAGAGAAGUAAUUGACUUCCUGUCCUGUGUCAGUUGGAAAUUAGAGUGCUGUUCACAUGACACAGCUAAGGAUCAGAAGGGAGGUUAUAACUCACAAAUACAGUCACUGGUGAGAAGAUUACAUUCACUACAGAUUACAUCAUUUACCUUUUUGUGGGAGUGCUUCUUUAAAGAUUAUUCAUUCUAUUGGCAUUAGAAUUAUUUACAUACAGUAGCUACUUUAUCAAACCAGUUCUAAAAUUUCUUGAGAUGACAUGGUUGUCAUCCAACUACAUUUCGAGACAACUAAAAUGGAUAUAUCCUCAGAGCCUAAGGCCCUAAUCUAGCCUAAGAA